AUGUCGGAUACCGACCUCGAUUCAAGGCUCACCACACCACUUCCAGAAGCUGGGAACGAUGCUGGAGAUCCGAAUAGACCUAUUUCACAAGAACGGGAUACACCAGAACCUCCUAUGGCCAACCCAGAUCUCGAUAUGGAUGAUUUAGACAAUGCAGAAAACGGAGCUGAAUCCGACAAUGAAUCAGAUCUUUCCGAAGUCGAUGAAGCCAAUUUUGAUGAUUUCGAUGCAAGUAAAGUUGCCUUGGAUGAGAGACCAAUGGUUGGUAUUGAUGAAGAUGUUGCGAAGACGUUAAAGGCGAGUAAGCGCAAGCGUACGGAUGGUGAGGGCAAGAAACCAAAGGAAGGAAAGCGAGAAAAGAAAAAGAGACCGCGCAGAGAUUCAGACGAGGAUCCAGAUGGAAUUGAGAUUGAUGGAAAGAGGGUUAGAAAGCCUAAGAGAGUUGAUGGCGAUAGAAAGGAGAGAGACAGAACGAAGGAAAGAAGAAAGGCAACACCAGAGCCUGAAAAUGAUGAAAAUCUUACACCUGAUGAGAGGAGGCGUAGAGCUUUGGAUAAGGCUAUGGAUGCUGCGCUGAAGAACCCUAACAAGAGAAGAAGAAAGAAGGAUGAAGUGGAUUUGGAAGAAGCAUUCGAUGAUGAAAUUGCAGCUUUAAAGCUUCGAAUGGAAGAAGCUUGUCAAGCUGAUAAUGCUGCUCGAGAUGCCAAUUUACCCGCAACGAGAAAACUCGAAAUGUUACCAGAAGUCGUCGCUCUUCUUAACAGAAACACCAUUCAACAUUCUAUCGUCGACCCAGAUACCAAUUUCUUGCAAUCCGUCAAAUUUUUCUUGGAACCAUUGAAUGAUGGAAGUCUUCCAGCCUACAAUAUUCAACGUGAUCUUUUCCAAGCACUCGCACGCUUACCAAUUGAGAAGGAAGCACUUUUGAGCAGUGGGAUUGGUAAGGUCGUUUUAUAUUACACCAAAAGUAAGAGGCCAGAAAUAGGAAUCAAGAGAAUCGCGGAAAGAUUAUUGGGAGAAUGGUCACGACCAAUUUUGAAGCGAAGUGAUGAUUAUAAGAAACGUAAGGUCGCGACAAAGGAAUUCGAUCAUCAAGCCGCACAACUUGCAAUCCGUCCCUCCGGUUCUCAAUCUUCGCAGAUGCCCUCUUCCCAAAGAACACAACUCACAGCGCGUGAUAUUGAACGUCAACGUCUUCUCGCACCGAAAAUUAUUAGCAACAGAGCUAGAAUGGAAACCUCAAAUACCAGUUACUCGAUUGCCCCUAGAAGUAACUUUGAUCCAAGCAGAGGUUUGGAUCCAGCUUCCAGACCUAUUGGUGCUGGUGGUGUGGAUGCCUUUAGGAAAAUGACAGCCAAACAGGGGAAGAAGAGGUAA